AUGACGCCCCGGACGCGUUCGAGCAAUAGAGAUGCCGACUACAAAGUCUACUACUCGAAGAAAGUGCCACAGCAGAUACACUUCCCACACAAACGCAAGACAGUGCGUCGCCGUUCUACACCAGUCGAGGAUGGCAAGCGGCAAAUGAUCUUCUUGCCGGAGAAGAUGAAGAAACGGAAGACUCCUGUCGUUGCGGACUCAGAUGAGGACAGUGAUGGAGAGUUAGAAGAGUAUCUGGAUGAUGGAGGAGUUCCAAUCCAGCCGCAGGUGGAUGAGGAAGAAGAGCAGCACCCAGGGAGAAAGAUGAAGGGGAAAGGCAAGAAGAGGAGUAGCGGUAUCAUACCACAUAGCCAUGGAGAUGAAGAAUCGGUGGAGCCUACAUCAAAACGCCGACGGACAGUGGUUUCGCCGAAGGAUCAUCGUCGCUCGAAGCGCGUCGCAACCGAUGCCGAUGAUGAGAACGAUGUGAAAACUUCCAAGACCAACCGAGAGCGUACAUUACGACGGCAAUCAACAAUGACACAAUUAUUCGAUGGGCGAAAGCCAUUGCCGGGGUUGGAGGAACCUGGCUUUAAGCCUAUAAAACAGAACUCGCGGUUGAGUUGGAGCGGACGUGGCAAAAGUGACAAAGCAAUGAACGAUAGGAAACAACGCACAUUGACCCAAAUGAUACCACGUAUGCGAACAGAAGAGAUUGUGUCAGAUGAGGAUAUAGACGAGGUGUUCAGCGAUGUUGAGGCAGAACAACAGGACAGUCAAACCUAUGGCGAUGCUGUAGCACAACGACUUGCACGACAAGGGCUGUAUCGUGUCGAGGGUAAUGGCACCAAAGAUCAUGAUAGUACAAGUGAGAAUGCAGAGGACAAGCAACAGGAUCUGGAAGACAAAGCUAUCAAGAAAGAGCCCACAGAAAACUCACAAGAUACUGCUGACUUGGUGGUGCAAUCGGUGGAAGACGAGAUGGAUGAGGACUGCGAAGAUAGCUACAAACCAACACAGUUCAUCGAAGCUCCUGCCACAAGAGCGACUCGUGCGGCUAGACGUGGGAAUAAUCCACAAGCAACAGAGACAGGGGGAGCUUUCUAUGCGCCACAGAGUCUCAGGAAAGGGAAAGCCCGCUUCAGCCUGCUAUCAACCCCAGAGAAACGACGCAUUCGGGAGAUCCCUUCAUCUCAAUCACCGGCCGACUCACCGUUGUCGACUCAAGUCUCUCCACAAAAGCUACACCAAUCGCCCCUCAAAAUGUGCUCAGGUAACCCAAUGAAUGUACCAGAGACGCCGUCGAGGCGUAAGCAAGUGACGUUCAAGAUGCCGUCGAAAACGCCCGUACCACCACCAACACUACGAAAGUUUGAAAGUACUAUUCAAGACUCGGAGGAUGAGGAUGAAGGUCUCAUUGAAGAAGAUCUACCAAGCAGUAGACGUCGUGGGACUGAGGAUGCGCAACCUUUUUCUAGUCGCCCCGAGGCCGCGACUGGUAAGGUCGUUGGCGCUGAUACUCAGGCCAUGCUCGACAGGAUCGACAAGGUAUGUGCUGACGCAAAUGGAGAGGAUGUUAUGGGUGAAUCCGGGUCAUCACAAGGAUCGGACUAUCUGCCUACGCUUCGAGGUCACAACGAGCCUUCUCCUGAGCUCGGCGAACCGCACAAGUCGUCAAAUGGCAAAAGCUCGUCAUAUUCUACCAAUUCGGUUGUUGUCAAACAGGAACCUGGGUAUGACGACGAUGAUGAUGACGACGAAGAUGCAACAAUAUUACCUACAGCUCCAGUAGAUUUGCUACAUGAAGCAAGACCAAUCGCAAGCGAUGCUACCACAACUAUUGAAGGGGAAUUGCCUUUGCAAACAGAGGAGCUCCGCUCAACGCCACCUGUCAUCGAAGGCUACAACGAAUACACAUGUCCAUCUACGCCCAUGGUAAUCAAUAACGAUUCGUCCUCCGAAGAAGACUCGCCAACACCCGACCCAACUCCUCCGCAAUCAACCAGAAGACCCGAACCACAGCCUCCAUCAACCUCAAUCCAACAAUCAGUAGACCUAGACGACUCAGCCAUCCAAGUCCCCCCUCUACAUCCCAAGGCAUUUAAUAUAUACGUUCCAACAGUCUUUGAGAACUAUGUUGCGGACCUCCAGGUAGACGGGGUUAACUUGAAGUGCGCUUUGUGCGACACAGCAGGUCAGAGGGAUUACGACCGCUUUCGCCCGCUAAGCUAUUCGCAAACCGACAUCUUUUGUAUAUGUUUCUCAAUCGACGACUCAGACUCACUAGAUAAUAUUGAAGAACAGUGGUAUCCUGAGAUCGAGCAAUACGAACGAAAGAAAGAUCCUGUCUUUCUGCUAGGAUUCGAAGAAGAUUUCCGACAAGAUCCUAAAACGAUUGAGAAGCUCGGAAAAAAUAAUCGGGUUUCUCUAACCAUGAUGAAAGGUGAAGAGAUGGCAAAGAAUAUUGGUGCACUGAAAUACUUCGAAUGCUCGGCGAUAAGACACCAAGGCACCAAGGAGAUCUUCGACACUAUACAUAGUAUGGUGCUCGUGGCGAGUCCACAGCUGAAGAAGAGAUGCAAGAGUGGAAACUGGAGGAUGGAAACUAUCAGCGUGCUUCAAUCAAGCUGA